AUGUCCGAUAAGAUCUUCACGUUAUCUCAAACCCCAUUCGUGCGGAUUAUUGAACAGCCGGCCAGAGGUGGCACUCGAUUCCGGUACGAGUGCGAGGGUCGGAGUGCCGGCUCUAUUCCGGGGGUCAAUUCUACUCCAGAUAUCACUACAUAUCCUGCCAUUCAGGUGACCAUUUCUCACAUCUAUGUGGUGAACUACACGGGCAGCGCACUGGCAAUCGUGUCGUGUGUGACCAAAGACUUCCCGUAUAGACAACACCCGCACAACUUAGUGGGCGAGCGCUGUACUAAUGGUAUCUCCAAAAUGAUUGUCGACAACAAAGACAUGAUCGCAACCUUCCCAUCGAUGGGCAUUCAAUGCGCUAAACGUAAUGAUAUUCGGGUCCGUCUCAAGCGUCGACAGGCCCUACAGAUUGAUCCGUUUGACUGCGGCUUCGAUCACAUGAAUUGUUCCUCCUUUGAGAUCAACUUAAGCGCCGUUCGUUUGUGUUUUCAAGUUCUGCUCGAAGACCCGAAAACUGGUCAGUACUCUAUUCCUCUGCAACCGGUUGUGUCGGACGUCAUCUUUGAUAAGAAGUCCUGCAAUGAACUCAAUGUGAUUGACAUCUCAUCCAAUACUAUAUCGACAAAUGGCUCAAAACUAAUGCUCUUCACGUCGUUUGUGUUGAGAGACGACAUCGAAGUCCGCUUCUAUGAACUCGACGACCAAAAUGCGGUCAAAUGGCAAGACUUCGGUGUCAUUGCAUUCAUCUACAGACACAUCGGUAUCUCAUUAUUGACGCCCAAAUACAUUGAGCCCAUAAACGAGGAAAAGGUUGUAUAUUUGCAAUUAAGACGUCCGUCCGAUCACGAGCUCUCGGCUCCCAUCAAACUCCGAUUGAUUCACGUGUCCGACCACGACAUGGAUGUCAGCCAAUCCACACCAUCUCUUAUUACAAAGAUCUCUCGACCAUCUCAGGGCUCGAGUUCAUUGUCAUCGUCGAGGAAAAAGCUAUGCGGAACCAGUGAUUCGUGGAAAGAGAUUGUACUGAAAAAACCCGACUUUCCGUUCCCUAUACUGAAGGCUGCCAUCAAACGGGAAAUAUUUGUUAAUCCACUGAAAUCACACGCAUUUGAAAUGAAUCCACAAACACAUAAUCCAUACAAUUAUAAUCACAUCAAUAAUAAUAAUAUGAAAUGCCAUCAAAAAGAGUUGUGUUUAACGAAAGCCUAUAGUAAUAGCGAUUAUAACUCACAAUCAAUGCUUAAAUAUAAUAAUCAUAGAAAUAUAUCGACAAAUACGACAACUACUCAACGAUCCUAUGAUAUAAACGAUGAUCAAAAUCUGGUCAUCGAUUUGACCACCGGUUUUGAUGCGACCAAACAUUACGCUAAACAACAACAACACCAACGGAUAGAUGAGUGCAAUUCACGCCGUAGUCCUCCUCAACGACAUCCGCAGCCGACGACACAUCAAGACGUGAACGACUUCUGCUGUCAAGUGAAUACCAUGGAUGACACCGACAUCGAUGUUGAGGCCAACGAUGAUUCCAACGAUUCCAGCGGACACUGA